AUGGCCACCACUGAACAGGAGCAUAGAUUGCUGUGCAUCUCGCCUGUCGAUGGCAGAUACGCAAAUAAAUGUACUGACCUCAACCAUAUCUUCUCUGAGUUCGGCCUUAUUCGCCAGCGUGUGCGUGUUGAGGUGGAAUGGCUCAAGUUGAUGAGUGAUCGUUCUGAAUUCCCAGAGGUCCCUAGUCUGUCUUCUGAGCAGAGGGAUAAGUUAUCGGCAAUUGCGUCGGAUCUUACUGUUGCUGAUGGUCUCCGAGUCAAAGAGAUUGAGCGUACUACCAACCACGACGUGAAGGCAGUGGAAUACCUCAUCAAGGAGAAGCUUCAUUCAACUGGCGAUCCGACUUUAGCUAAGCUCACUGAGUUCACUCACUUUGCAUGCACGAGUGAGGACAUCAACAACCUCUCCUAUGCCCUCAUGUUCACCGAGGCCCGGGAGCAGGUUCUACGAUCGAGGUUUAUUGCUCUCAUUAAUAAACUGGCAGAGUUGUCGCAAGAGUACGCUGACACUCCCCUAUUAGCACUUACACAUGGCCAGCCUGCGACUCCGACGACCUUCGGCAAGGAGUGCGCUGUUUUUGUUCAUCGCAUGAAGAGACAGUUACGGAAUCUCGAGAGGGUUGAAGUAAUGGGCAAGUUCAAUGGUGCUACGGGCAACUAUAACGCCCAUAUUAUCGCCUAUCCCAAUGUGGACUGGUUCGAGAUCUCGAGAAUUCUGGUGGAAGAUCAUCUUGGUCUCAACUGGCAGCCUGUAUCGACCCAGAUCGAGAGCCACGAUUACGUCUCGGAGAUGUGUGAUACUGUUGCGAGGAUGAACACAAUUAUCAUCGACUUAUGCCGUGAUUUCUGGAUGUGA